AUGGCCACUGAACUCGUCGCGUCGGUAUUUACAAUCACAGUUUCCCAUGUAAAUCAGUCGGAGAUUCCAUACGGAGCGAAUGUUUUUGCUAUUAUUACCUUGGUGAUUUGUGUUCCGUCAAUUUUUCUUCAUGGUUUGGUAGGAUAUGUAAGGAUCGCUUUGUGUUAUAUCAGUCUGUCGGGAAAGUAACAAUAAAAAAUUGGAUUCGUCGCGCCCUGAAAUCGCCCUUCAUCGCGCUGACAAAUAACCACGGCUGACUGCGACAAGGCGAGAUAUUAUGCAGCGAAGAAAACUACAUUAUUUUUCCGACUGACUGAUACAGUGGCGGGUCUGGUCCAGUGGCAAAAAACGUACCAUUUUGCAUCUGGGAAGCAUCAAAGAAUGUAGCCAAAUGCCUCCAUCUCCAACUAAAAAACUCCGCUUUGAAGGGCACGCCCUUCUCCCCACAGGAGCGGGCGCGCUUUUGAAUCGGAGUCUUUUCACUUGGAGCGGGAGGUAUUUUGCCACAUUUUUUGAUACUUUCCGGAUGCAAUAUGGCACGUUUUUUGCCACUGGAUCAGGUCCGUCACUGUAGAUAGUUAUUAUAAAUCAUUCACUGCAUAAUUUGUAAAAUGCUUUCUUCAGGCAAUAAGAAGAUCGCCGUAUUACCGAAAGCAUUUGGUGUUGAGGACAAAUUUCUCUUUAUCAUUGGCCGCCGGUCUGGAGAUUCCGUUUUAUAUCGUCGGUGCUUUCCAACAACUAUUAGGAUGCAGCAUGGCAGGGAGAGUGAUCGAUGUAAGUUUCGUAAUUCGCUGAUCGGUCUGACGAUAUAGCUAUGUAUAAUAUUAUGUACAAUAUCAAGCAAAGCAGUUUUAGAAAUCGUUGAUUUUAGCUCUCGUUUUGCAUGGAUAGCCUUCAUUUUCAACGAUCUUUGCGGCCGAGAAAGCACGCAAAAUGCGGAGAGUGGCCUGAGAGGAAAACACUUUUUUUGCUUGGUUGUUUCUGCAAAGCGCGAGUUCGGAGUACCACAUGUCAUAGAAAAAAUUUGUCGAAAUUUGUUCCAAUUUUUGUAAAAAUCUGAGCAUUACACUUGAUGUACCUUCACUACAGUAUUGCCCAUAUCAUUACAGAUUUUUAUUACUUUCAGGUGGCCUCCUUGAUUUUUGACUUUCUUUGGUACUCCAUGAUUCUUCAACACGCGUUUUUAGCAUUCUUCCGAAUACUAGUGGUAAAACGGUCGAAUAUAUACAAGGAAAAUGACGGGAGAUUUGAUGUAAGCAAGACACAUUACACCUUGUGACACAUUUCCAAGCCUUUAUAUUUUUGUUUUUACAUCUCCAGUCUUAUGUAUUUUUCGAUUAUCUUGACCCAUUUUAGCCGCCAAUUGUCUGCAGCUGGAUGGGCGGACUACUCUUUGUACUAGCUUACCACACACGAACAUCCGAUUCUUUUUAUUACUACAACUUGAAGCAAGUUGCAUGGGUGUCAAAUGCUAAACUUGGUUGGAUAGAACAGGUGUUGCUGUAUGUGAAAACCGGAAUCAUGGUGCUCGGAAUGUUGGCAUCGGCUGUGAUCAUAGAGAGUGUGUUGAGGCAGGUAUGUGAGAUUAAAAUUAUACAAUAGUAUGACCAUUAGUAUGCGUUGAGAAUCAAUGUUUUUACAGAAGCAAAAAAGUCUUGGCUCUCGCUCAUUCGGGCCGCAAGAAAUUCGAAUGUUCAUCGCCGGCGCAAUAGAAUUCACAUUGCUCUUUCUCCGUGAGAUGAUCAGGUUUGUGUUGCAAACAACGCCGACGAACAAAGUGCUGAGCCGCUAUUGCUAUGCCAUUCGCAAUCUUCUUGGUGCCGCCGUUGUGUCUUUACCGCCUUAUUUAAUAGUUCUGAUAAACAGGUAUGGAUUUUAGAAAGGUUUUUAUAGUCUUUCCUUUGUAAAUGGUCUUUACAACGGCCUUCAUUUUAGUCAUCUUCGAACCCAAAUUCAUCAACGGAUAUUUGGAAGGAGAGAAGUGCUAAUCGUGGAGCCCAAAUCGUCAGCAAACUCCUCUUCGCAAGCGCUCACAAGGAAACCUUCAUCGCUCUGGGAGCGUUUGAGCGACAGGUCGCCUUUCAACAGAUGA